GCUGCGCGUUAUUUUUACCCGUGACGUCACCCGCCACUCCUCUUACUAAAGAAGGAAACAAACAUCGGGGGCAGAGGGGAAUAGAGGGGGCGAGAGAGAGGUAGGGCGAUAGAAUCGAAGCCGUCUGUUACUCGGUCGGAGGACAAACACGUUCUAGAGAAAGGACAUUUAACGGUGUAAUCCAAGGCCGCUUCUUCCUUUUUCUUUUUUGUGUUUCCGCCCCAAAAGAAGAGCCCCGCCGCUACACCUCCGCUUCCCGCAUUGUGAAAUCUCCGCUUUGCAGCAAUGGCCCAAGAGACAAACCAGAGCCCUGUGCCUAUGCUUUGUGCCACUGGCUGCGGUUUCUAUGGCAACCCAAGAACCAAUGGCAUGUGCUCUGUGUGCUACAAGGAGCACCUGACACGGCAGCAGAGCAGCGACCGGAUGAGCCCACUCAGCCCGAUGGGCUCGGCUGGUAGCCCUACCUCAGAGGCCUCAGCCAUCCAGAGACUAGAAGCCAGUCUAGCUAAGGUUGAUGCCUCACCUGCCUCUUCACCAGACAUGUCUAGAACUAUUCAAGGAUCUUUACCUGUGACCCAACAAAUGACGGAGAUGAGCAUCUCCAGAGAGGACAAACCAGAACCCCUAGAGCCUGUUGUUAGCCAGCCUACCGCCUCUAGCCCUAGCCCUGUAGCUUCUUCCACCAGUGAGGAGAACAAGGGGGACACCCCCAAACCCAAGAAGAACAGAUGUUUCAUGUGCCGCAAGAGGGUGGGACUUACAGGAUUCGACUGUCGCUGUGGCAACUUGUUCUGUGGUCUCCACCGGUACUCUGACAAGCACAACUGUCCCUAUGACUACAAGGCCGAGGCUGCCGCCAAGAUCCGUAAAGAAAACCCCGUGGUGGUGGCUGACAAGAUCCAGAGAAUAUAGGGAGUUGCAACAGAGAUGGCAGCAACAAUGGCAAAACCCUUGACAAAGACUGGAGAAUGAGUGUGAACCUUUGACAUGAACACUGGCAUGAGUGGUUAAGAAAGGAUAAAAAGGACUCCAAUUCCUAAAUUACAACCUUGAGAAUAUAAAGGAAACGAGAAGAAAAAAAGUUCCUGUCUGAUGGAGAUGCAUGAAUGAUCACUUUUCUCCUUUAUUGAUUAAUUCAUUAGUUUUUCUCCUAAUUUUUUUUUUUCUGUGGUGUGUCUUUGCCGCUGUUCAGUCCUUUUUAUAAGAAUAUAUAUUGUCUUAUUAAGAGCCCAGGUUAACUGUCCACAAUAUGCUGUGCUCCGUUCUCACCUAAACCCGGCGCCAUUUUGUGCCAAACCGUAGACAUUUUACUUCAGCUUCGUGUCCUAAACCGGCAGUACUUUCCAUGCAUUCAGAUCACACAGUAACUGUCCACAGGAGUUGUGGCCCUCACCGUAUCAACUUCGUCUGCCGUUAGUAUUGCCAGUUGACAAUUGGAGGCCCAUAUAUCUGUGCCCCGCAGUGCACAGGGGUUCUUUUUUAAUUUGUCUCUGUCCUUCCUAGCUUUACCUACCUCACAGCUGCCGUGUUAAAUUUAGUUUUAUUCCCUCUAACUUUUUCAUCAUCUUGUGUCCUAGGCCAUCUUGCUAAAGUCAAAGGUCGUCGGCCUCAGUUACUCUGAACAGCACAUCUUUCUCGACUUUGACCAUUUUAAUUGUGACAAGGUGGUUUCCGUUCAUAGCUGGAGGUAUUGAAGAAAACAGGGAUGAAAUAUUACUCCACUUUGAAUCUUAACACUUGAAAUAGACAGUAGUGAGGGGAGAAGGUCCCAAAACUGGUCUGAGCUCAGUUCAAUCCCUAAAGCUCAGGUGGAGGGCUGUGUGUGCUGAUCCUAGUGCAGUUUCCAGGGUGAGGCGGGCAGAAAGAGGGGUGCCUUCUCUCUCUGGCAAGUCUCCGGUAUGGUUUUACAGUACAGUAUGUGGGGCAUGAGUGAAUGGAAUAAAUGCAUGGGUUACUCAUCUGCAAUAGUGUGUGUAAAUGAAUGGGUUUGGCAUCACUCAAAUCAUCGAUCAUUUUAUCUGCUGAGAGUUUUCUGUUAUGUUUCACUUUUUUUUUCCUUUUCCAUUGGUAUAGUACUGAUAUUAGCACAUGUAUUCAGUGCAUUUGUGGAUUAGGGUAUGUGAGCCACGCUAUGUACUAAUUUUUUGUAUGCAUUAACAACGUUUGUGUGAGCACAGGAGUGUGUGUGGGUGGGUGUGUGCGUGCGAGUGUUUUGUCCCCAAACCCGAUUGUCUGUGGAGCUACCUGGUUAAACAGCACAUGUUUACAGAAUUACAGGAGCAUGCAAGAGUUAGAUUUAUGAAAAAAAAUAAAAUAAUAGACAUCAGGAUUAGAUGUAACUUCAAUUCUCAUCUCUCUAACAGCUAUUGGUCUGUGUGUUUGGCUAUAGAGCACUGUAGAGAUCUGUGUGUGUGUGUGUGCGUGCGCGUGUGUGUGUGCGCAUACCUUUGAGAAGUGUGUUACGAUUGCCUGAAACGUGUACGUUUGUGACUUGUGUUGAUCCCCUUUACUUCCCUGUAAGGAUGUUUUUCAUUUAAAGAAAAAAAAAACAACUGUAUGUAUCCAUUUGAGUUUUUCCUUUUUGAUUUUUAGUUAUAUGCAAAUUUGUACAAAAAAGAAAAAACAACAAGCUGUGUUGAUAUUUAUGUAUUACAUAUAAUCUUGCUAUCCAGCAUUACAACAGAAUUGUAUCAUGUAAAUAAAACUAUGUACAGAGAGAAAUUACAA